AUGUACCUCUCAAAAUCGACCUCGAGCGACCGAAGGAAGUGAGAACUCGAUACAUCAAGAAAUGAAGCUUCUCCAUCCAGCUCUCUCUCAUGUAUUGAUAUCUGUCCUUGCCAUCGUGGUAGCUUCGGCAGCUGCUGCGGAGGCUCAAGCAUGCAGGCAUAGCGGUAAGCUCCGAGGGACUCGGGGCAAGCGCGACACUGCUCACGGCUCCGAUUGCUGCAAGAGUGGCGAGUUUUACCCAACUUACAGAUGCUCGCCCCCAAUGACGGGACGCACCAAGGCGACAUUGACCCUAAACAGCUUCGAGAAGGGCGGGGAUGGGGACGCGCCUUCCGAGUGCAACAACCAGUUCCAUUGUGACAGCACGCCUGUUGUGGCGUUAUCGACCGGGUGGUAUCAUGAUGGGAAGAGAUGCCACAAGGAGAUAACUAUCCAUGUCAACAGGAGGAGCGUGAAGGCAAAGGUGGUCGAUGAGCGUGACUCAACGACGGGGUGCGACAAGGAUCAUGAUUUCCAGCCACCGUGCCCGAACAACAUUGUCGAUGCUUCGAAAGUGGUGUGGAAGGCUUUAGGCGUUCCCGAGAGCGAUUGGGGGGAGAUGGAGAUCUUCUGGUCUGAGGACUGAUGGCAUUUCUGACGGCUGGUCCAUGAACUGAUACCAAAGAGUUUCUAAGAAGGACUAGCAAGUUCUUUCCAAAUUUCCUCAAUGAAGAUCAAAGAAAUAAGACUUGCCCAUCUAUCAUCAUGUAGUUGAAACAAGCAUAAUAAUCGAUGCGUUUGAAGUGGGAGACGUGGCAUUAAGUGGAAUUGUUAUGUCAAUUUCAGCUUAUAAAGCAAGAUGAGCUGAACGGUUGGAUAAGA